UCUUGGAUCUGUAGACAUCUAGUUUCAAUUCUUCUACCUCUUUCUCCAGGCACCCCGGUGAACCGCAUCCCCAUCAUGGCUAAGCAGAUUCUGGACCUGUACAUGCUCUACAAGCUGGUGACGGAGAAGGGCGGCCUGGUGGAGGUCAUUAACAAGAAGAUCUGGAGAGAGAUCACCAGAGGACUCAACCUGCCCACCUCCAUCACCUCAGCAGCCUUCACCCUCCGCACACAGUAUAUGAAGUACCUGUACCCGUACGAGUGUAGGAAGAAAGGGCUGAGCUCUCCAGGCGAGCUCCAGGCUGCUAUAGACGGUAACCGAAGGGAAGGCCGAAGACACAGCAACAGCCUGUACCGCUUCUCCCCCUCCACCGCCCCUGGCUACCCACACCACUCCCUCCUCUCKCCCCCCAAGAUGCCCCACCACUCCUCAGCCGGUCACAACGGCCUGCACACCUCCCCCAGCCCAUCUCUGAARMGAUCCACAGUCCCUGAGGAGAUUUCAACCCCCAUGCUUCCAAGCCGUCUACCCAUGGCCCAUGCGCUCUCCCUGGGGCAGCAGCAGCAGCUAGCCCAGGCCGCCACCCUGGAGCACCUUCGAGAGAAGCUGGAGAGGGCUGCUGGAGGAGGAGAGGGUCCAGACAUGACGAUGGCUCGUUUGGCCAUGGAGGAACAGCAGAGACUGAUGCAACAGGCGUUCCAACAGAGCCUGUUGGCUAUGGCCWCUCACUUCAACCCCGGCAUGAAGCAACUCAAACUCAACAACAGCAGACACGAGAGUACCACUGAACAAGACCUGUCUCUCAGUAUUUCCAGUAAUGGGGCAGCCAGCAUCAGUGUGUCUGUGGAGGUCAAUGGAACUCUAUACUCAGGAAUGCUGUUUGCCCAGAAGACUCCUGGUGCAGCCUCUGUGAUGUCAGAGACCGUGGCUCCUGCUGGACAGAGUGGUUUUGGUGUUCUCUCCUCCUCUCAGAGCCCUUCCUCUGCAUCCUCUUCCUCCAAGGGGCCAAACUGACCAUGGUGCUCCAUCAGUCUCUCUGCAGGGUUACUCAUGUUAUUCUAUUGGCCUGUGUUGAGGAUAAAUUAGUGCUCAAUCAAAUACCUCUUCUUUAGUCAAACUGAACUUGUCUGUUACUGACGACAAUUAUGGGGGUGGAAAAUCAAAGGAAUUUACCUUAAAAAAACGAAUGUACUUUUUUAUUAGUAAGUUCGUUUUUCUAAUUGCACCCCUGACAACCAAUCAACUGUUGUACAAUCCCUUUAUCUUUGUACUGAACACAAAUUUGCUUUAAAAACAAGCAAUGCAUUUUGGGAAAAUCUCAAUUAGAACCAGGUGAAGAAGGCAAAUUUUGGAUUUUGCGACGCUUUUAUUUUUUGAUUUCUUUUAAUUUCACGUAUUACAAAAAAAAGUGCUGUUUUCUUUGUAUACCUCAAUUCAUUGGCUGUGAGAGCUACAGUAUUAGUAAAGAACCGUUUCCCUUAUUGACACAACACAAACUGCUUGUGAACAGACUAAUGUAUUUUAGUCAUGUAAGGAGGACUCACAAUUGGACUUUAGUUUAUUUUCUAAACCUUUAGAAUAAAGCAAAAAAAGCAUGAUUGAAAAGGUUUGUGCAAAAAACGAAAUUCUUUUUAGGUGUUUUUUUUUUACAUCAAAAUACUGUAUGGUGAUUGGCUAUACUCUGGAGCCGAUUGGUUGUCUACCUCAUUUGAUGGUUUUAACAUUAUGUAGCCAUCACUUCUGUUUACGAUAUGUUAUUAUAGCCAUCAGCAGGACAAUAUGGAUGCCAAUAAGGGCUUUCAACCGGUGCGUUCAUUUUAACUCACCUUUGGCGCYGGUUGGGUGGAGUUGGCACAUUUUAGACCAUCCUAAAGUGAAAGCUCCCCCUGUUCACAGGCAGGGUGAGGUGAAACUGAUGCACCCACAUGGCAUGAUCUCUUACAAUUAGCUGAAGUUAAACAACUGGUAACAGCUCAGAGACGAGCUGUUUUGUAAAACAGGAAACUAUACACGUCUUACCUCAUUUAAAGGGGAAGUUCAGUAUUUUACAACUUGAUGUUUACACUGUUCCUCGCCCUGAAUGUAGUCUAUGGCCCUAUGAGUUCAGGGUGAGGAUCCAUCUAGCGUUGAAGUUGUAAAAUACUGAACUUCCUCUUUUUUAAAAGCCUUUCCAUCUCGGGAAGUGAUUUUCUCAGGAACUCACAGGACCAGGGUAGUCUGUCUUAGAAUACUCUUCAGGAAAAUAGUUCAGUAUUCAUACAGUGGGACACUGAAAAAGGUCUACCUCACUUGUGACAUCUGUGUCAUGGGAGCUGGGUUGUGUUCAUUAGCGCAAAAUGCUUUGAAAGGUGGGGGGGGGCUCAGCCGCCCGUCUAUCUUUCAAACCAGUCAUUAUUUAAUAUGAUAAUUCUGUACGUACAAUCAUGGGGCCAUCAUCAUAGCCUGGUAAAACCAUACUGAAUGCUCUGUCAGUGUUUUCAGAUCAGCGUUAUUUCACUUUUGCGAAAACAUUCCGUUUGGUUUAACCAGGCUAACAAUCAUGUAUACCUCACACUGCAAACUACACACACACACACACAAAAUGCCUCAGAAUCACCAGCUAGCUGCAUUAUAUACCAAAGACCUGAUGUAUUGAUAGGAAACAAUUCAAMUGUUUCUGGUGUUUGUUCACUCAAUGUAUUCUUAUGUGGACAAGAGGAACUAAAUAAACUCCUUGAGGAAAUAAAAGUCGCUUUCUCACUUUGUAUUGCUAUUUGUGUUGCUGCUUCUUCAUAAGACCGAAAGCCUGGUUGGUCUUAACGCAUUAGGAAUGUAGUUUAUAGAUGUGUCAUGCAUUACGAAUGUCUCAUAACUGACAUCGAUAUAAGGUGUUAUGUUUACUUAUGCAUUAUGGGAAGUGUUAGUUAGUUAGUAGGAUGUAGUAUAGGAUGGAUGCAGUAUGAUUCAGUGACCUGUUGUGGGUGGCAUUGUCUCUUAGACUGAGAUUACAUCCAGCGACAUCUCYGGAGCAGAGUCCAUAUCUGUGCUCUGUUUAUUUCAAAUGUGUAUUACUCUUUUAUUAAGCCUCUACCUUUAACCUCACAGAUAUCUGGUGUAAUUCUCCUGUCUUGUCUGGUGUCCUUUUGUGAUCUUAAGUAUUCUCCCAUCUUUCUCUCGCUCUCUCUCUCUCCCCUCCCGGAGGACCUGAGCCCUAGGACCAUGCCUCGGGCYUUCCUGGCCUGAYGACUCCUGGCUGUCCCCAGUCCACCUAGUCAUGCUGCUGAUCCAGUUUCUGCUGUUCUGCCUGCGGAUAUGGAACCCUCACCUGUUCACCGGACUUGCUAUUUCGACCCUCUCUCUCGCUCUCUUUCUUGCUUACACACUUGCUGUCCUGUCCUCUGAAUGCUCGGCUAUAAAAAGCCAACUGACAUUUACGCCUGAGGUGAAUGACCAUCUACUUCCAAGCAUUAUUUGUCCUUUUUGAAUAAACCUAUUUUCCUCCCACUGA